CUUUCUUUAUACAACACAACACAGCGAUAUAGUGUUAGAGAAUCGUGUCAGCCAUGUCUGUUGAUUUUCCCGCUGAAGAGGAGGUCAUCCUCAAGCGGUGGAGGGAAAUCGAUGCAUUUCAGCGACAGGUCGAACUAACCAAGGGCAAGAAACCUUACACUUUUUAUGAUGGCCCACCUUUUGCGACCGGACUUCCUCAUUAUGGCCAUUUACUCGCAAGCACUAUCAAGGACAUCAUUCCUCGAUACUUCUCCAUGACGGGCCAUUAUUGCGAGCGAAGGUUUGGCUGGGAUACACAUGGCGUUCCGAUCGAACACGAGAUCGACAAGAAGCUAGGGAUGUCUGGUUCUGAAGCUGUUGAGAAGAUCGGCAUUGCUAAGUACAAUGAAGAAUGCCGUGCAAUUGUCAUGAGAUUUGCUGAAGAAUGGCGACAAACUAUUGAGAGGCUGGGUCGUUGGAUCGAUUUCGACCGACCGUAUCGUACAUUAGACCGCGACUUCAUGGAAUCAGUGUGGUGGGUUUUCAAGCAACUAGUCGAUAAAGACCUGGUGUAUCGUGGCUACAGAGUCAUGCCAUAUUCUACCGCACUCAACACUCCUCUGAGCAACUUGGAGGCCACUCAGAACUAUCGCGAUGUGACAGACCCGGCAGUCGUGGUCUCAUUCCCCCUAGCACAAGACUCGAACGUGUCACUAUUAGCAUGGACUACGACACCUUGGACACUUCCAUCCAACACUGGUCUUUGCGUGAACCCAGAUUUUGAGUAUGUGAAGAUUCACGAUGAGGCCUUAGGGAAAUACUACAUCCUGAUGGAGCCUCUUCUCCGAACACUAUAUAAGGACCCUAAAAAAGCUAAAUUCAAAAUUAUUGAUCGCUUCAAGGGGUCUAGCAUGAAGGGCUGGAAGUAUGAACCACUCUUUGAUUAUUUUACUGACGAAUUCAAAGAAGCUGGGUUCCGUGUCUUGUUAGACGGAUACGUGUCCUCUGAUGCUGGUACAGGUAUUGUGCACCAGGCUCCCGCAUUCGGUGAAGAUGAUUAUCGAGUUGCGGUUGAUAAUGGAGUGGUCACCGAUGCUCGACUUCCCCCUAACCCGGUGGAUGAGAGAGGAAACUUCACAUCUGAAGUUCGUGACUUCUCGGGGCAACAUGUGAAAGCUGCAGAUAGAGCUAUUAUCAAGCAUCUGAAAGCAGCUGGUCGAUUGAUUGUGGAUGGACAGAUUACUCACAGUUAUCCAUUUUGUUGGAGGUCAGACACUCCACUAAUUUAUAGAGCUGUGCCAGCGUGGUUUGUGAAGAUCGGACCGAUUAUUCCAACCAUGCUGAAGGGCAUUGAAGGCUCUCAUUGGGUGCCCUCAUUUGUUAAAGAAAGGCGCUUUGCCAAUUGGAUUCAAAAUGCUAGAGACUGGAAUAUUGAUAGAAACCGUUACUGGGGAAAUCCGAUCCCUCUUUGGGUCAGCGACGAUUUCAAAGAAGUGGUCGCUGUGGGCAGUGUCGCGGAGUUGAAGGAAUUAAGUGGGUAUGAAGGUGAAUUGAAGGAUUUGCAUCGAGAUUCUAUCGAUCACAUCACCAUCCCUAGCAAACAAGGGAAAGGGCAGCUUCGUCGUAUCAAAGAAGUUUUUGAUUGCUGGUUCGAGAGUGGUGCUAUGCCUUAUGCAUCAAAACACUACCCGUUUGAACGAGAAGAAGAGUUCCAUGGUGCUUUCCCAGCCCAGUUUAUUGCAGAGGGUCUUGAUCAAACACGUGGCUGGUUUUACACCUUAACCGUUCUAGGUUGCCUCUUGUAUGGAAAGCCACCUUACCAAAAUGUUAUUGUCAAUGGUAUUGUCUUGGCUGAAGACGGCAAGAAGAUGUCCAAGCGAUUGAAGAACUACCCUGACCCGAGUUUGGUUAUGGACCGCUAUGGAUCGGAUGCACUACGGCUUUAUUUGAUCAACUCCCCUGUUGUUCGAGCUGAGACCUUAAGAUUCAAAGAGUCUGGCGUGAAGGAGAUCAUCUCUAAGGUUCUCCUACCUUUAUGGAACAGCUACAAGUUUUUUGAGGGACAAGUAGCUUUGUUGAAGAAGGUUGAAAACGUUGAUUAUGUGUUCGACCCCAAGGCCGAAGUGACUAAUACGAACGUCAUGGAUCGAUGGAUUUUGGCCAGUUGCCAGAGUCUACUCAAGUUUGUGAAUCAAGAAAUGGAAAGUUACCGUCUCUAUACGGUUGUUCCUAGACUGCUUGAACUCAUUGAUAACACCACCAACUGGUAUAUUAGGUUCAACAGAAAGCGGUUGAAGGGUGAAAAUGGAAUUGAUGAUACUCAGCACGCACUUAACACUCUAUUUGAGGUCUUGUACACACUCGUCCGUGGUCUUGCUCCAUUUACGCCGUUUUUGACGGAUAACAUUUACUUGCGUCUUCUCCCUCAUAUUCCCCAGUCUCUGCGUGGGGAGGAUGAUCGCAGUGUUCACUUCCAACCAUACCCUCAGGUCCGCGAAGAACUGUUUGACGAGGUUGUUGAAAGACGUGUGGCGAGAAUGCAGAAAGUCAUUGAACUUGCCAGAAUUUCUCGCGAGCGGCGGACCUUGGCUCUCAGGACGCCUCUUAAAACAUUGGUCGUCAUUCAUCAGGAUCCGCAAUAUCUGGAUGAUGUCAAAUCUCUUGAGACGUAUGUCACCGAGGAGCUGAAUGUGAGAGAUUUGGUUUUGUCUUCAGAUGAAGAGAAAUACAAUGUCCAAUACAGCGUCACUGCAGACUGGCCUGUCCUUGGUAAGAAACUGAAGAAAGAUGCGCAAAAAGUCAAGAAAGCACUGCCGUCUCUGACAAGUAACGAUGUCAAGAAAUUUGUGGCCGAUAAAAAGAUUCUUGUGGAUGGAAUUGAACUUUGCGAAGAGGAUCUUGUAGUUAAACGAGGUCUCAAGGACGAUUCGGCCUCACAGAACAUGGAGUCGAACACCGACAAUGACGUCCUAACUAUUUUGGACACUGCCAUCUACCCUGAGCUAGCAGAUGAAGGUAUAGGAAGAGAAAUCGUAAGCCGUGUUCAGAAACUGCGUAAGAAGGCUUGCUUGCUUGCGACCGAUGAUGUGAAGAUGGAAUACAAGGUGCUUUCAGACCCCGAUAAUAUUGGGCUGGAUAAGGCAUUCCGCACUCAGGCUGCAAUCAUGGAGAAGGUCUUACGUCGACCGCUUGAUCAUCAUGUUGUGACGCAUGUAGAGGGAGAAAUCCCCAAGCAAGAAGAAGAAGGAGUUAUUAUAGAAGAGGAGCAAGAGGUCCAGAAAGCAACCUUUCUGCUUAGACUAUUGAAGCUCUGAACGAUUUAUCUUGCGCUGGGAAAAAAAGGGAAAAAGCCAUAGAGUUUGCUUCUAGGGUUAGCACACAAAAACAUUCUGUACUUUAUGGUUUGACAUUAGCUAGCUACA